CCUCGCCGAACCGCAAGUCCCCUCUGCCGGCUGGUAGUCCGCCAGGCCUGUAAGGGCUCCCGACUUGGACUUUCCCUCCAGGCGGACCGUGAGGUUGGCGGUUCGGUCCCACUGUCCCGACGCGUUCCGAGUCCCUUUCUUGGUCUCGCGGCUCAGCCGUUGGAGGCGGCGAGGCUGAGACGCGCGUGGCGAAUCUGCCACGACUAAUCGGCGGGCGUGGCGCCGGCGACCUCGCGAGAGUGCGGCUCAGACGGAGGCGGUGCGACGGGGCUUGCGGGCUAAGGGCCGCGGGCCGAGAGCGGGCAGCGGAGCGGCGGGGGGCCGGUAGGGCCCCGCGGCUCCACCAUGACGGGCCGCGUAUGCCGCGGUUGCGGCGGCACGGAUAUCGAGUUUGACGCGGCGCGCGGCGAUGCUGUGUGCACGGGCUGCGGCUCGGUGCUCGAGGACAACAUCAUCGUGUCCGAGGUGCAGUUCGUGGAGAACAGUGGCGGCGGCUCGUCGGCGGUCGGCCAGUUCGUGUCGCUGGACGGUGCUGGCAAAACCCCAAGCCUAGGUGGUGGCUUCCAUGUGAACUUGGGAAAGGAGUCAAGAGCACAGACCCUACAGAAUGGACGGCGCCACAUCCACCACUUGGGGAGCCAACUGCAGCUGAACCAGCACUGCCUGGACACAGCCUUCAACUUCUUCAAGAUGGCUGUAAGCAAGCAUCUGACCCGAGGACGGAAAAUGGCCCAUGUGAUUGCUGCCUGCCUCUACUUGGUUUGCCGAACUGAAGGCACACCUCACAUGCUCCUUGACCUCAGCGACCUGCUCCAGGUGAAUGUGUACGUGCUGGGGAAGACGUUCCUGCUCUUGGCGAGGGAGCUCUGCAUCAACGCACCGGCUAUAGACCCAUGCUUGUACAUUCCACGUUUUGCUCAUCUACUGGAAUUUGGGGAGAAAAACCAUGAAGUAUCCAUGACAGCCCUGAGGCUUCUGCAGAGAAUGAAGAGGGAUUGGAUGCACACAGGGCGGCGACCCUCUGGCCUCUGUGGAGCAGCACUUUUGGUUGCAGCCAGAAUGCAUGACUUCCGGAGAACCGUCAAAGAAGUCAUCAGUGUGGUCAAAGUGUGUGAGUCUACACUACGGAAGAGACUCACAGAAUUUGAAGACACUCCAACCAGUCAGCUCACCAUUGAUGAGUUUAUGAAGAUUGACCUGGAAGAGGAAUGUGACCCUCCUUCGUACACAGCUGGACAGAGGAAGCUGCGCAUGAAGCAGCUGGAACAGGUCCUGUCGAAAAAGCUAGAAGAAGUCGAAGGUGAAAUAUCCAGUUACCAGGAUGCUAUUGAAAUUGAGCUAGAAAACAGCCGGCCAAAGGCAAAAGGGGCUCUUGCCAACUUGUCAAAGGAUGGCUCCGGUGAGGACGCCACAUCCAGCCCAUUCUGUGAGGAAGACACGGAGGAUGAAGAGCUGGAGGCUGCUGCCAGCCACAUGAACAAGGACUUUUAUCGAGAGCUCAUGGGGGAUGAUGACAGCUCGGAAGCAGCACAAGGCCCUGAUGGGGGCAGCAGGCCCCUCGCCCUGGAGUCCUUACUUGGCCCAUUGCCCACAGCAGCCAGCCUGGGCAUCUCCGAUUCCAUCCGAGAGUGCAUCUCCUCCCCAAGUGGCGACCCCAAAGACACUUCAGGAGACGGGGAGCUGGACCUCAGUGGCAUCGAUGACCUUGAAAUUGACAGAUACAUCUUGAACGAGUCAGAAGCCCGGGUAAAAGCUGAGUUGUGGAUGCGUGAGAAUGCUGAGUACCUGCGGGAGCAGAGGGAGAAAGAAGCAAGAAUAGCAAAGGAAAAGGAGCUUGGUAUCUAUAAGGAGCACAAGCCCAAGAAGUCUUGCAAACGCCGGGAGCCAAUCCUGGCCAGCACAGCUGGGGAGGCUAUUGAAAAGAUGCUGGAACAGAAGAAGAUCUCCAGCAAGAUCAACUACAGUGUGUUGCGGGACCUUAACAGCAAGGGUGGGGGCAGCCCAUCCAGAGAGGACUCACAGCCCCCAGAGCGUGCCAGCACCAAGAAGUUGUCACGAAGGAAAAGAACAGCUAGCAGGAGUAGUGCUGACCCUGGGACAAGCAUGGGGAAGAGGUUGAGGCCUCUGGUGUCUACACAGCCAGCUAAGAAGGCAGCUGUGGGAGAGGCCUUGCUUUUAAGUUCCCCUGCCCUGGGAACUGAACCAAUCAAGCCAUCAGCUGUCUUGGUGGAGAGUGGCCCUGUGUCCUACCAUCCUGACGAGGAUGCAGAUGAGGAGGACGCUGAAGAAGAGGAUGGAGAGCCUUGCGUCAGUGCUCUGCAGAUGAUGGGUGGCAAUGAUUACGGCUGUGAUGGUGACGAGGAUGAUGGCUACUAAGUAGAACUCAAGGCAGCAUCCUGGUGCUGGACUCUCAAGUGUAUCUGUGGGGGUCAGAUGGGCCCUGGGGCACGGCUCACAGGCAUGAUUUCUGGACUCAACCAGUCAAGCACUGCCCCACUUGAUUUGAAGCUCUCUUUCCAUGGCCACAUUGGGGGCCCCAUCAUACUGUUGGGAAUCAUGUUUUGAGCAAUGUAAGGAAUAUUUUUGCCGAACAAGGGAAACCAGCUGUGUGUUUAUGUGUAAUGAAACAUGGUCAGAGAACAGCCUGGUCAUGCUUUUACCCUACUAGUCAGUGAUUCUCUAGAAAUCCUCAGGCAGGCUCUGUGUGUUCCUGUCAUAAGGAGAUCAAAACACAAAGGGGCUUUAUUUAGGAACUAGAACCUUGGUCUUAGCUUGCUGCCCGCCCUUCACACCCUGGACAGAUAAGUGUUGGGCAGAAGAUGUGUGGCAGUUACUGCUGUAUGGUUAGCAGCCAUAGUCUGGAGCCCCUGCCUUUUACUGCAGCCGCAGCUUCCUGUGGAGGCGGACAUGAGCUCUGCCAUCUCUGAUGUCCGUUCACUGUCUGGAGCCACCAGGAGCAUUACAGGCCUCAGCCUUUCGCAUAGGGACUCAUCAAGCUCAUCAGCAGCGCUCAGAAAGUGGAAACCUGGAGACCAUAUGCAUUUGCUAAUGUCCAGCACAACCUAUGUGGAGUUCUGUCAAGAAGGCCUGCAAGCUGUUUCCUCACGAGAAGGCUCAGGACUAUCCUCAGUGCACUUAACUCUGGUCUCCCUUUCCUAGAUGCAGCCCUGGAUGUGAGUCCCUGUGCAGAGUACUGGUCUCUGUUUCAAAUCAAGAGGUGGGGACCAGGCUUGAGAUGAUGACGUGUGGGGAUGCUGCUGCUGAAAGUAGAUGGGUGGGACAGAUAUGGAGUGGUUUUGGUGAGAAGAUCGCAAAAUACUUUUGGAUUUUGGAGUAUGGAAUUAUGGAAUCAAGGAUCCUUCCUAGGGUGGGGGCCAGCUUCACAGGAUGAGGUCCGAACCAUGGUAGGGAGCCAUGACACUGGUCCAGAGUAUUUUUAGGGUGCUUGUAUACUUAAAUGUGACAGGAUUUACCUAUGGCAUGGAGAGAGUUCAGGGAUGAGGGGUGGCUGGUAAGGACUGCAGGAAUAGGGCUGGAGAGUGGCUCAGAGGUUAAGAGCACUGGCUGCUCUUCCAGAGGUCCUGAGUUCAAUUCCAGCAACCACAUGGUGGCUCACAGCCAUCUAUAAUGAGGUCAGGUGCCUUCUCCUGGUGUGCAGGCAUACAUGGAGGCAGAAUGUUGUAUACAUAAUAAAUCUUAAAAAAAAAAAAGAAGAACUUCAGGAAUAGAAACAAGUACCCUGGAACAGGAGCUGAGGCCUCUCCCCAGCUGUGCCUUUUUUCUUGUGAGACAGCAAGAAGGGUGUUGUCAAGGCUGGACAAUGGGCAAGAGCCAGGAAGGAGUAAUUGAGUCCCACACUACUAAGGAGAGGGUUGAAGAAAGUCAGGACAGAGGGAGGGGGACAGUGAGAACUGUCUCUAGAAGAUGGGUGACUAACAUAGUGGGAGGUCCUGAAAUGGUGAGACCCAGGUACUGAGGAGUAGGUCCCAGUAGGGAGCAUCCGUGAAGUGGGCAAGGGUACCUCUGGGCUGCGGCCACAGCCUUGUGUGAGCUGCUACCAGCAUUAGUUAAGGCUCAAGGAGGCAUUGGGUCUGUAUGACCCUGUUCCGCAUACACUUGGUCCAUUUCUCUGCCCUUUUCUGACUUGAGAUUACCACAUUAUCUCUUUGCCUCGGAUCUUCCCAGAAUGCAGAGCAGUGCCUUAGGCAGUCUUCUGGGACAGGACCAGGCCUCACCACAUUGAACCUUAGAAGAGGGAGUCCAUUGGGUUCUAGACUGCAUUCUAGACUGGGAUCUUGUCUGGUCUACACAUUUGAGUGCUGAUUAGACAGGAAGUCCUACUUUCUCUGCCUCUUUUAUCCUCUCCUACUGCC